AUGAAGGGCUUGAACCUCAGCGGCCAGAAGACUUCUAGGUCUCAAGCUCUGGUCUGUCAAUUUUGUCAACUCCCUACCAGGCCAAUUGCCUGUCAGGCGCCGUUUGCGCGAUACCAUUCAUUCUCAACCACAACCACUUCCCGCGCCCAAUCAAGACAAUUGCGGCCAAAGAAGGAUUCAAGAAGUCCAUGGGUGACUCACAGGCUUACACCUAGCCGAUUGGCAUCGACUUCCUCGAACACACCUUCCUCCUUCGACCCAGAGACGUCCUUGCGACAAAUCUCCCAUGAGUCUUCCGAACUUCUCAGGCUCGACUCCGUACCCUCCAACGAGUCAAUUGUGAAGAUUCUACAGAAAUGUGAACGAAUAGCAGAGGCUCUUGUGAGUCGCGAACAAGACAAAGUCGAGAAGUCUCCUUCCGCUGGGGAAGAGGGAAGUGCAAUCUCCUCGUUACUGGAUCUGGAGGAAAAGAACGCAUCAAAGAAACACUUCAAAUCAAUCCGCGAUGCGCAACCCCGCCUAGCCGAGUCGCUGUCGCAGAUCGCUACAGGGCUUCUCAAGGACGAAAAAGUCUUUAUUUCGCCAGAAGCGAUGGCAUGCUAUACCAAGAUUCAGACCCUUUUGAGGAAGGCCGACCAUUUUCCCGAGAUGUUCUACCUGUACGCCCACAAGCCAGUUCCCGAGGAGAACAGUUCCCCUGUCAAAUACCACAAGGCAAAUCCCAAGAGCGUCAACAGCGCCAUUCCCACCGAACUUGCGAACAUGGCCCUGGACAUCGCCAUCGAACAGCGAAACCUACCACUCGUCCUGGCAAUCAUCGAUAACACCUUUUGCGCCCCAGCAUUCCACCGUGCGAAGCUCUUCAAGAAGGCUGCUGUACCACUAGGUGGUCUUGCAGCCACGCCAGCCGCGUGUUACGCCAUCGCUUCCUGGGCCUCUAGCUUGCAAAACACCAUGGAUCCCAGCACAGCGACUGGCAUUGCCUUCGCAGCCACUCUCGCCUAUGUCGGAGGUACAUCGUCGAUCGGCCUUUUGGCUAUCACAUCAGCUAACGACCAGAUGGAAAGGGUUGUUUGGCAGGCUGGAGUUCCGUUACGACAUCGCUGGCUGCGAGAGGAGGAGCGCGCCGCACUGGAUAGGGUUGCCGUCGCUUGGGGAUUCAAGGAUAUCUACAUGAGGGGCGAGGAGGAGGGAGAAGAGUGGGACAGUUUGCGGGAGUUCAUCGGUAUGAGAGGGAUGAUCCUCGACAAGACGGAUCUUAUGCCCGGGAUGCAGUAG